AUGGCUGUCUUUCUGGUGAAUACCUGUAAAUUCAACUCUUGUGGCAUCACUUUCCCCACUCUCACUGAACUCAUCCGACACAUCGAAGACACACAUUUGGGUCCGAUUCACACCAAACACUCGCAUCCCUUUCCACCCGACCCCUCACCCCAUCCCACCUCUUACUUUGAUCCGCGAGUCAUAGAAGAACAUGAGUCACAACAGCCGUCAUGUCUUCCAAUCAGUUAUAUCCUGAGGGUAUUCGCCGACAAUUGUCGCAAAGAAUCGGUGAAUGGAAGCCAUAAUCCGAUGCGGAAGGGGAUCCGAACCCAUUCACCCACUCUCUCCCUGUCCAGCACUACGCCCACCGGUAGUGAAAUGGAUGAAGAAGACAAUGUGUCCGACACGGGCGACAGUAGUAUUGAUUCGUGGGUUAACCAUAAUGUGGACAACGACUCGGCCAAUGCUAUACUCAAAAUAUUGAGUCCGCCAUCGACUCAGACGACUAGUGGUACGGCUUUGGAUGAGAAGGACAGGCCUUAUGUGUGCACUGAAGGCAACUGCAAGAAGAAGGUUAGCUAUUAA